CACGUUUGUUCUCGCUUGUCAGAAAACAGGAAGUAGGCUGUUAGGUAGCCGUGUUAGCUUAAAUCCAAGAGUAGUUGACAGCUGAACACUGGGGAGGUGAGAGUUCCCAAACAGCGCCGAAUGACCGACCGACAUGAGCGACAAUAAAGAAGUCAGUUUUGAUCCUAAAGACCACCAACACCUGCGUUAUAACCCUCUGCGGGACACAUGGGUCCUUGUGUCGGCCCAUCGCAUGAAGAGACCGUGGGCAGGUCAGGUGGAGAAACCUCCCGAGGAACAUAUACCUAGAUACGACCCCGCUAACCCACUCUGUCCUGGGAACACACGGGCAAAUGGGAAGGUAAAUUCACACUAUGACAGCACUUAUGUGUUUGAAAACGACUUCCCUGCUCUUCAGCCAGAUGCUCCAGAUCCUGGUUCUGAUCAACAUCCAUUGUUCCAGUCUAAAGCUGCCAGGGGCGUCUGCAAGGUCAUGUGUUUCCAUCCCUGGUCGGACGUCACCCUCCCUCUCAUGAAAAAGCAUGAGGUUGUCAAGGUGAUUGACAAGUGGGCGGAGCUUGUUGAAGAAUUAGGCGCCACAUACCCCUGGGUUCAGAUCUUUGAGAAUAAAGGAGCUAUGAUGGGUUGUUCGAAUCCACAUCCUCACUGUCAGGUGUGGGCCAGCAACUUCCUGCCUAAUGAGCCUGCUCUGUCAGACCGCUGUCAGAGGUCCUACUAUCAGAAACACGGAGAGCCAAUGCUGCUGCAAUACGCCAGACAAGAGGCUGAGAGAAAGGAGCGCGUGGUGGUGGAGAGUCCUGAUUGGCUGGUGGUGGUCCCAUACUGGGCGACGUGGCCCUACCAGACGCUGUUGUUGCCCCGACGACAUGUCCUCAGGAUCACGGACCUGACAGCGGAGGAGAGGGAGGGUCUGGCUGACAUUAUGAGGCGCCUGCUGACGAAGUACGACAAUCUGUUUGAAAUCUCUUUCCCUUACUCCAUGGGCUGGCACGGAGCCCCGACCGGCCCCCAUUUAAAGGAAGACAACUCUCACUGGCAGCUGCAUGCUCACUACUACCCUCCUCUGCUACGUUCAGCGACGGUUAAGAAGUUCAUGGUGGGGUAUGAGAUGCUGGCCCAGGAGCAAAGGGACCUCACCCCUGAACAGGCUGCUGAGAAGUUAAGGAACCUACCAGAGGAGCAUUAUAAAAAUAGAGAGAACAAGGAGAAAGGAGGAGGAAAAGAGAAGGAAGGAAAGUAAAAAUAAAAGGGGGGGGGGGGACAGCUUUACUGAAUGGAUGCAUUGCUUUUAUUUCAUGAUAAUUAACUGUGACAUGAUUUUCUGAAAUGGUGCAACAUGUUGAAGGGCCUUACGGAACACAGGACAUUAAAAUAUUCUUCCUUGCACAAUUUACAGUAUAUGUUCAUAUUUUAAAGACAUUUCUGUGCACACAGAGCCACUACUGGGCUCCUGUUUGCAAUUAUAAACUGGGCUUCUUACAAAAUGUGCUUAGGAACCCGUCCUCCGUGUUUCAGGGAGAUAAAGAACAUCAUUCUCCUCUUCUCAGCUGUCCCUUCUGCAGAAUUUAAACAAAGUUUGUUUGUUGUUUGGUUAUGUUGGAAACCUUUCAACCACAGAGACUUUCCCUUCCAACAACACAAUGAGUUAUUUGUGAUUCAAAUGAAGUCCUUUGUUUCUCAGAGCUGUGUUUUACACGGGACGCAAUUCAUGAAUGAGUCUGACAGCUUUCAGUGUCAAAUGUGUGACAGAGUAAUGCUUAUUUUUAUAUUGAAAAUAAAUCAUUUGACAGAU